AUGAACACAACUUAUUCAAGCAAGGAGCCAUGGAAGAAGGUGUUUGGUCCUGUCCUUGUUUAUCUCAACUCUGCACCUACUCCUGAUCUUCUCUGGACCGAUGCUAAACGACAGAUGGCCACUGAGGUCGAAAGUUGGCCUUAUGAUUUCGUGAAGUCAGUGGAUUACCCUCUUCAUCACCAAAGAGGGACGGUCAAGGGUCAAUUCUUUGUCAUGGACAGUCACAAAAACAAGACGAAGAUUUUCGGGGAAUUUGCUUUCGUGGGUUUAGCAUUACCUGGUAAAGCUGGUUCAUGGCAAACCGAAAACAAGGGGUAUCAAUUUUGGACAGGAGCAGACAAAAUGGGGAUGUUCACACUAGCAAAUGUGAGACCAGGGAAUUAUAGUCUUUACGCCUCGGUUCCUGGAUUUAUUGGUGACUAUAUUUACGAGCAUGUCGUUACCAUCACACCAGGUAAAGAGAUAAACGUAGGACCCAUAGUGUACGAGCCGCCUAGAAACGGUCCCACGCUGUGGGAGAUCGGAGUACCUGACCGGACCGCCGCAGAAUUCUAUAUCCCAGAUCCAAACCCAACACUUUUUACCAAACUCUACCUUAAUCACUCAAAUCCUCCUCAGCACAGAUUUAGACAAUAUGGUCUAUGGGAUCGUUACAGUGUUUUGUAUCCUCGAAAUGAUCUUAUAUAUCAUACUGGAGUGAGUGACUAUAAAAAAGACUGGUUCUAUGCUCAAGUCAUCAGAAAAGCUGGAAAUGGGACACAUCAAGCAACGACAUGGCAAAUUGUGUUUAACCUAAAAGCAGUGACUCAAACAGGAAACUACACGCUUCGAGUGGCUUUGGCUGCAGCGACGGCUGCUGAUUUAUUAGUUCGGGUUAACGAAGCCAAUUCCGAACCUAUUUUCACGACCGGGUUAAUAGGUCGGGAUAACGCGAUCGCUAGGCAUGGAAUUCAUGGAUUGUACAAAUUGUACAGUAUCGAUGUUCAUGGGAAAUUGCUUAGGGUUGGUAACAAUACGAUUUUUCUUACUCAAGAUCGGUGCGCUAAUUUGUUUUCAGGUGUUAUGUAUGAUUAUCUUCGUUUGGAAGCUCCUUCUGAAGUUCGAUAA